AUGGAUGAGCAGCAGAAGCUGAUGCUGCGAUUGCUACAGGAGGUCUUGGUCAAGGCCCAGCAAUCGAGUUGGCUACCAUACAUCCGCACGCUACCAAGCACCUUUCCCACACUGCCUUUGUGGUAUACGGAGGAGGAGAAGGAAUUCUUGAAGGGCACUUCAGUGGACACGCUGCUUCAGGGAGCUCACAUUGCCAAUGUCAAGGACUUGCAGGCCAUGCAAUCGUGCUGCGAGCAGUUGGACAUUUUUACAUCCCCACCUUCUCUGGAGCAGUUGCGCUGGGCCGCCUCAGUUGUGGCUUCACGCGCUUUCGACUCGUCCGCGGCUGGAGUAAUCCUGGCGCCUUUCGCCGACGCACUGAAUCAUUCCAGCGCUGCUCCGCACACCCGGAUGAGAGACUGUGGCGAGCAGCUUUUGUUCCACGCAGAGCGGGACAUUUCUGCUGGGGAGGAGAUCUUCAAUUGCUAUGGCAUGCAGGGCAACACCCAAUGGCUCCUUAAUGGUGGAUUUCGGGACAGCUCGCGACCAUGCGACGAUCUUCUUGUCACACCAGCAGAUGUGGUCAGUUCAGCGCUGGCUCACAUGCGCUUUUGCAAGGAUGAGACAGACUCAGCGGACGAUGAGGAAGAUUACCUUUUUGCGCGGCUGUCUCUUCUGCAGGAUUUUGGCAUUGGCAGCGGCUCCUUCUGCAUAUCUCCCACGGACAUUCUUCCUGACGAAUUGGCGACGAUGCUGCUGGUCAUUUGCAUGACAGAUGCAGAGUUUGCCAAGUACCAUCAGCAAAGAGCAGGCGGUGCAGAUCCAGUGAUCGACCUUGGCGGCACGGAAGGCGAGGAGCUGACAGAAGCGCUGCUUGCAAACCUCUACGGCUGCUUGCUGCGCAGCUCUCACUGUAUUCACAUGAUGCGCUCAGGUGUCUGUUUGUAUCAGUAUGUGUACAAGAACAUCGAAAAGCAACAUUAG